AAUAAAAUAAAAUAAAUCAAAAACCCUGAAACAAUCUUCAACAUCGUCUAUACCAAUGGCGAACUAGGGCAAAGAUUUGAAAGUUUUCUCUCGACCUUGUGAUACAAACCAGUGAAACAAAUUUAGGGUUAGGGUUUCCAAUACCAGUUUCAAUGUCUAGUUACGACGACGAUGGCGAUCGCUACACAAGCCGAGGAGGUGAUGAUAGCCAUGGCGGAUCUUCACCGUAUCGUCACAAGCACAAGUCUCAUGAAUCAAUCCAUGAAAGGUACAGGACAAAAGAUAAGAGCCGAGAUCGUCAUCCCAGGGACUACGAAGAGAGAAAUGUGAGAGGAAGCAGAGGAAGGCACCAAAAUAAUUAUGGUCGUCAUACGAACCGCGAUUAUGGAAGGCACCGUGAUUAUGAUCAAGAUAGAGAGAGGCAUCAUAGACAUAGAUCACGUUCCCGAUCAGUUGAAAAAUCUCGGAAUCGAUCUAGAUCUCGUUCUCCUUCCAAAAGCAAGCGGACCAGUGGUUUUGACAUGGCACCACCUGGUGGUGUGGUUUCAGCGCAAUUGCUAGGUGUCCCUCAAACAAUGCCAGGAAUGCUACAAAACAUGCUUCCUUUUGGAACAACACAGGUUAAUCAACUGGGUGCUCUUUCCUUAAUGCCUUUCCAAGCCAUGACUCAGCAGGCUACAAGGCAUGCACGCCGAGUUUAUGUUGGCGGUCUCCCUCCGUUGGCAAAUGAGCAGACAAUUGCAACUUUUUUUAGCAGUGUUAUGGCUGCUAUCGGAGGAAAUUCUGCUGGCACAGGUGAUGCGGUUGUCAAUGUGUACAUUAAUCAUGAAAAGAAGUUUGCAUUUGUGGAGAUGAGAACUGUUGAAGAAGCAAGUAAUGCAAUGGCAUUAGAUGGGAUUGUAUUUGAGGGUGUCUCUGUUAGGGUUCGAAGGCCUACAGACUACAACCCUUCGUUAGCUGCAGCACUUGGUCCUAGCCAACCAAGCCCUCACCUGAACUUAUCUGCUGUUCGACUUACACCAGGUAUGAUUGGUGGAGUUGAGGGGCCUGAUCGUAUCUUUGUUGGUGGUUUGCCAUACUACUUUACUGAAUCACAGAUACGGGAAUUGCUUGAAUCCUUUGGACCUUUGCGUGGGUUUGACCUCGUAAAGGAUAGAGAGACGGGAAACUCCAAAGGAUAUGGUUUUUGCAUCUACGAGGAUCCAGCAGCAACGGACGUUGCUUGUGCUGCUCUUAAUGGCUUGAAAAUGGGGGAUAAGACCCUAACUGUUCGGCGUGCUUCCAUCAGCAAUGAGCUGGUUAACACAGAACACGAUAGUAUAUUAGCUCAGGCACAACAACACAUAGCUUUUCAGAAAAUGGCCUUGCAAGCUGGUGGUGUGAGUCUUCCUGGAAUAGGUGUAGGACCCAUAGCAUCCACAGAGACUCCAACCAAAGUUCUAUGCUUGACUGAGGUAAUUAAUGUUGAUGAACUGAUGGAUGAUGGCGAGUACGAGGAAAUAGUAGAAGAUAUGAGGGAAGAAGGGGGGAAGUUUGGAGUCUUGACAGAUGUCAUUAUUCCCCGCCCAGCUCCUAAUGGGGAGCAGGUUCCAGGUGUUGGAAAGGUGUUCUUGGAGUAUUCUGAUGCUGCUGCUUGUGCCAACGCAAAGGAUGCACUUAGUGGCCGGAAAUUCGGUGGCAAUGUUGUGACUGCUGUGUAUUAUGCCGAAGACAAAUAUUACAAUAGGGACUACAGCGCUUAAGUCACAGCAAGUGCUCUACUCAUUUCAUCCUGUUUUUCUUCCCACCGCACAGUUUGAGAAGCACUUCUUAACUGUAUUUGUUAUUGUAUGAAUAGCAUUUUUUGUGGUGUUAAUCAACGAGCUAGUCUUAAAUUAAUUGCACACUUUCCAUCACUUUGAGCAAAGUAUUAUGAUGCUAAGACAACAUCAAGAAAUAUGUGAACCAGCAUCGCAGAGUCUAACACUACAAGUACUCUAUGAAGUUUUUAGCACCUGAGUUGUGUUAUUGUCCACCGUUCCAAAUCAACGUGAAAUGUUUCAAUUCUUGC